AUGGCCAAAGACACAGAUAUUUUAAGGACAAGCUACAGAAUGACGGACAUAUUUAAAACAAGUAAAUAUACUUUAGCUCCAGGCACUUUUGGAUAUUUGCAUUUAGAGAUGCAGAAAGCGAAACCUAAAACUGAUUAUGUUUUAAGAAAUAUAGCUAAACCUAUUUCAUAUACACAGAUACGAGAACAGUUUAUAUCAGCAUUUAAACCAUUUGUUGCUAUUAUGGAUUGCAUGGUCUCCGGGCUUACCGGUAAAGAAUUGUGCCUUCUAGAGUGUUUACGAGUAAUUGUGGACGGACGGAUGGACAUGGGGCAUAUGAAAAUAAUGAAAGCUUUAGCGUUCCUCAAGAGACAUCAGGAAUAUAAGUAA